AUGCUACUUUCACAACGAUCUCUUAUACUAUACAUAUUAGCUACUGUUAUCAUCACUGUUCUUGGUCAACAAGCAUGUGAAGAUUUUGCAGUUGAUGAAACUGAUUGUACAAAAUUUAUUCGAUGCUUUGAUAAUGUACGUAUUAGAUUUACAUGUACCGCUGGUACAGCAUGGGAAGGUUCACUUAAAACAUGUGUAUCAAAAGAACAAGUUCAAGCAUGUAAACAACAAAUUAAACAACAACGUAAAUUUAAUAUGGAUAAUGAUACGAUUAUAUAUGAAGCUGAUAUAAAUGCUCUUAACAGUAUUCCUGUUGGUAAAACAUUAGCUGAAGCACGAGCACUUGGACCCAUAGUUACACCAAAACAAUAUCAAUGUUCUUUAUGUAAUACUGGUGCUUGUGGUAUUGUUGUUAAUGUAGUACAAUGCAUUUGUGGUAAUACUCAAUGUCAACCAGCAACCACACCAACAACAGUUCAACCACGUAAUCCAUGUGCUCCAAAUCCAUGUCUCAAUGGUGGUCAAUGUGUAUCUUUAGGAGCAGGAUUUAUUUGUAAUUGUCCAGCAACAUUUACUGGUAAUCGUUGUGAAGCACCAGCUCCAACACCAUGUCAACCAAAUCCAUGUCAAAAUGGUGGCACAUGCAUACCACAAGGUACAUCAUUUUAUUGUCAAUGUCCUUCAACACACAAUGGUUAUUGUUGUGAAAAUCGUAUUACAACGACAACACCAUACAAUCCAUGCGCACAAUCACCUUGUCAAAACGGUGGUACAUGUAUACCACAAGGUACGUCAUUCUAUUGUCAAUGUCCCCCAACACAUAAUGGUGUAUGUUGUCAAACUCUUAUUACAACAACUACACCAUUCAAUCCAUGCGCGCAAUCACCUUGUCAAAACGGUGGUGCAUGUAUACCACAGGGUACAUCAUUCUAUUGUCAAUGUCCUCCAACACAUAAUGGUUUCUGUUGUGAAACUCUUAUUACAACGACAACACCAUUUAAUCCAUGUGCACAAGCAGCUUGUCAAAAUGGUGGUCAAUGCAUUCCGACUGGCAAUUCAUAUCUUUGUCAAUGUCCGACUGGUUAUUAUGGAACUCGAUGUGAAUCUCGUAAUUAUUGUAUGCCUAAUCCAUGUGCUAAUAAUGGUCUUUGUACACAAACAACAGCUGGAUAUAUUUGCUCAUGUCUACAUCCCUAUACCGGCACUAAUUGUCAACAAAUAAUAACCACAACGACAACAGCAACUACAACUCUUGCUACACGUGCACCAUGUGAUGGUGGUUGCUGUUGCAUUGUAAUACCGUGUCCAACGAUCGUUAUAACAAAUCCAUGUUUACCAAAUCCAUGUCAAAAUAAUGGUGGAUGUGCUGUUCAAAAUAAUGCAGCCAGAUGUUGGUGUCCAGAUAGUACUCAAGGAUAUUAUUGUCAAUAUAGUCGCACUGCUCGAUCAAUAGCAUCGAAACCAUGUAAUAUGACAUGUUAUCAUGGUGGUCAAUGUUAUAACGAUGAACGAAAUGGUGGUCAAGCUCGAUGUUCAUGUCCAAAUGAAUAUUUCGGAGCCAACUGUGAAUUUGUUAAUCGACCAAAAACAUGUUCACCAAGUAAUCCAUGUAUGAAUAAUGGUAAAUGUAUGACAACAAGUGUUGGUUCACAAUGUAAUUGCCAAAAGGGUACAUCUGGUAUAUUAUGCGAACGAGUUGAACAAUCAAAUGAUGCAAAAUAUUGUCCACUCAAUUGUCAAGCUGGUGGUUUAUGUGUUUUUGUUGGUUCAACACCUGAAUGUCGUUGUCCACAAGGUCGAUUCGGUCGUUUAUGUGAAAAAAGUAGGUUUUACAUUCUUUUUUGAUUUAUUCAUUGUAUUUUAUUUUGUAGUUUCUGGUAAAUAAUUAUCAAACACAACGAAUUUAAAUAUUUUAUUUAUUUUUAUAAACUUGACAAACUAUUUUCGUACACAUUUGUAGAUUCUGGACAUUUUUUAUUUUU